UCGAGGAUUUGGUUUUGUGACCUUCAUGAACCCAGACCACGUUGAUGCAGUGCAGCGAGCCAGGCCACACAAGGUGGACGGGCGUCUGGUGGAAACCAAGCGUGCUGUACCGCGCAGUGAUGCCAACAACACCUUUCUCCCCACGGCCAAUCAUCCUGAUGCCAAUCACACCAGGAUUUUUAUAGGGGGUCUUCCCCAGGAUGUGAAAGAAGACGAUUUGGAGACUUACUUCGCCCAUUUUGGCCGUGUCACCUGUAUCAACAUUAUGUACGACAAGAACAGUGGACGCCACAGAGGCUUCGCUUUUGUUGACUUCAACGACUAUGAUCCUGUUGAUAAAGUUUUAUUAACUCGCAAUCAUUCCAUAAAGGGUCGGCCAAUAGACGUCAAGAAAGCUAUCAGCAAGUCCGAUAUCACCAAAAUAAAAAGCUUGAUGUCUGGGGUUGUUGGUGGUGCCGAGGCAAAUUUCCUUGCCAGUUUAGGUGGCAGCAGCUCUAAUGAUGGCACUCCUGCCACCACCCCCAUGCCACCACCCAUAGGCACUCUUCCGGCUCUCUCGGGACACUCGGCCGCUGCCGUAAUUAAUGGCGCCGCUCUGGGGCGGGUGACUGCCUCCAUGAAUAACGUUGUGACGUCGACCAGCAACACUGGUGGUCUGCCCAAUGCGGGCAUCAUCUCCCCUGUAGCGCCACUGGCUCAUCCUUUCUUCCCACGCCUGCCACUGGCGGGUCUUCCAGGGUUCUCCGCUCAGCUGCGGUCGGGCUGGCAGUAUAGCGUGUCUGGCAAUGCUGAAGUGCUACGCAACACUGCCGGAGCAGUAAGCACCAGACCUUCAGGAGCACCGGUCCUGGCCGCCACCACCACCACAACAACAGCAGCAUCUGGCUCGGUCUUAAUCGCCGGGGCAGAGAGCGACGGAGAGUCAGACGCCACGGCAGAAGACCAAGUGAUGGACACGGAGGACGGGAGUGAAGCCUGGGGCGGGGCGGGAGCAGAAGACACGUGUCCCGAUGACGCUCAGCUCCUCAUCAUUGAGCCCUUCUAUGGGGGAUCUCAUAAGCAGCUCAUCACAUGUCUACGAAAUGAUGACUCGGUAAUUGGCAGAGAGGAUGCGGCACUGUUCACCCUUCCCAGCAAAAAAUGGCACUGGAGGGCACGAACUGCGGCACUAUACUUCAGUCAGAAAAUACCUCAGACACAUAACUUCAAGACUCUGUUUGCAUCGUCAACUCUUAACCUCUGCGAGCUGAUUGGUCUUCGUCCGGACCUCGGGAAGCUGCGGAAGAUUCUGUACUUCCACGAGAACCAGCUUGUGUAUCCUGUGCGCAAGCAGAAGGACCGAGACUUCCAGUAUGGAUACAAUCAGAUACUCUCCUGUCUGGUGGCAGAUGUGAUCGUCUUCAACUCUCAGUACAACUUGGAGUCCUUCCUACGAGAACUUCCUCGACACCUCAAGCUACAACCUGACCACCGUGCUGAUGCCCAGACCAUUACCCAGGACAUUAGGGAGAAGAGUGAGGUCAUCUACUUCCCCGUGACCAUCGCACACAAGACGCGGUGCCCCAAGGAUGCACUGGAGCCGCUGCAUAUCAUCUGGCCACACCGCUGGGAGCAUGACAAGGACCCUGCUACCCUGUUCCAGGUUCUAUUCCAGUUGGCAGAAGCAGGACUGAAUUUCCGCAUCAGUGUCUUGGGUCAGUCGUACACGGAGAACCCGCCAAUCUUCAAUGAAGCACGUCAGAGGUUGUCUAACUUCAUCACACAUUGGGGUUAUGCACCAAAUAAGGAAAAAUACUGGGAAGUGCUCCACUCGGGGGAUGUUGUGGUGUCGACGGCACACCACGAGUUCUUCGGUGUUGCUAUGCUGGAGGCUGUUGGUGCAGGCUGCUUCCCAAUAUGUCCCAACCGACUGGUUUAUCCUGAAAUAUUUCCCCAGGAAUGCCUGUACAACACAACGCAGCAGUUGCAGAAGAGUCUUGCUCAGUGGUGUUCACGACCCCAGCUCGUGCGCUCGAAAAAGGUCAACCUCGAUCUAAACGCUUUCUCGUGGGCCACCCUAAAGCAGCGCUACAUUGACCUUCUAUCCUAAAGGACAACAAAGAUCGUGCCACGCUCACAGCUAAACCUCCAGUGUCAUGCCACCUGUGCCAGAAAGGCGCUUUGAAGCCUUUGUACUUAGAGAAGACUUAGCUGGUUCUUGGUAUGUAGUGAACGAUAGUACCCUUGUAUUACACUCAGAAGGUGUUGAGCAUUGCCAUCAACAAAACUUUUUUCAUCAAUAUUCCCUGGAAGUUGCCAGCAAGUACUGGACUGGUAGCUGGGGUCUUAAUAUUCUCUGGAAGUAGCCAGCAAGUACUGGACUGGUAGCUGGGGUCUUAAUAUUCCCUGGAAGUAGCCAGCAAGUACUGGACUGGUAGCUGGGGUCUUAAUAUUCCCUUGAAGUAGCCAGCAAGUACUGGACUGGCAGCUGGGGUCUUAAUAUUCUCUGGAAGUAGCCAGCAAGUACUGGACUGGUAGCUGGGGUCUUAAUAUUCUCUGGAAGUAGCCAUCAAGUACUGGACUGGUAGCUGGGGUCUUCAUAUUCUCUGGAAGUAGCCAGCAAGUAUUGGACUGGUAGCUGGGGUCUUAAUAUUCUCUGGAAGUAGCCAGCAAGUACUGGACUGGUAGCUGGGGUCUUAAUAUUCCCUGGAAGUAGCCAGCAAGUACUGGACUGGUAGCUGGGGUCUUAAUAUUCCCUUGAAGUAGCCAGCAAGUACUGGACUGGCAGCUGGGGUCUUAAUAUUCUUUGGAAGUAGCCAGCAAGUACUGGAUUGGUAGCUGGGGUCUUAAUAUUCUCUGGAAGCAGCCACCAAGUACUGGACUGGUAGCUGGGGUCUUAAUAUUCUCUGGAAGUAGCCAGCAAGUACUGGACUGAUAGCUGGGGUCUUAAUAUUCUCUGGAAGUAGCCAGCAAGUACUGGACUGGUAGCUGGGGUCUUAAUAUUCUCUGGAAGUAGCCAGCAAGUACUGGACUGGUAGCUGGGGUCUUAAUAUUCUCUGGAAGUAGCCAGCAAGUACUGGACUGAUAGCUGGGGUCUUAAUAUUCUCUGAAAGUAGCCAGCAAGU